UAUGAAAGUUAUUUUAGCACUGGGAGUUGGCGAAAAGAUCUCUGUUUAUCCUGAAUUUUAUAAUUUCUUCAACAUUUUUCAGGUAACGCCUUCAAAAAAUGAAUCCGAAGUGCUAUAGAUGUGAGAAAACAGUUUAUCCUGUAGAAAAAUUAAAUUGCUUAGAUAAAAUAUGGCACAAAGGUUGUUUUAAUUGCGAAGUGUGCCACAUGACUUUGAGCAUGAAAACUUACCAAGGCUAUGAAAAAUUACCUUAUUGUAACACGCAUUAUCCUUCAACAAAAUUUACUGCAGUUGCCGAUACUCCUGAAAAUUUAAGAAUAAAAAAAAAUACAACAAAUCAAAGUACAAUCGUUUAUCACAAAGAGUUUGAGCAGGAAAAGGGGAAGUACACUGCUGUAGCAGAUGAUCCAGAAACCACUAGAGUUAAAAAAACUCAAAAUCAAGCAAGUUCUGUGAAGUAUCAACAACGAAUUGAACCUUUGGCUGCACAAGUUGAUUCAGAGGGAAGUAGGCCACCUGCCUCUAACACUAGCAGUCGCAAAGUGUCAGAACCUGCAGCACCACCACCGUCCUCAGGAGGUCCAAAGUAUAUUGCUCUUUAUGACUACACUGCUGCAGAUGAUGAUGAGGUCUCUUUUCAAGAAGGCGACAUAAUUAUUAACGGAGAAAUCAUCGACGAUGGCUGGAUGAGCGGUACUGUUAAAAGAACAGGUCAGACGGGAAUGUUGCCUUCUAAUUACGUUGAACCGCAGUAACGGCAACCGAAAAUCCUUAUUAAGUUUCUCAAUUCUUAAAAAAUUAAUUACUUAAUGUAAUUUUUAUUGCUUUAUUAUAUUUGCAUCCAUUG